AUGGCUGAUCUCAAAUCGUCUUCUAUCCUGAUCAUCGGUUGCGGGACCUGGGGAGCUUCGACAGCCCUUCACCUCGCUAGACGAGGAUACAAGAAUGUCACCAUUCUCGAUCCAUAUGAAGUACCGUCAGCCAUUUCAGCAGGUAACGACAUUAACAAAAUAAAAGGCUGGGCAGACAACGACUCAUCCGGCGGUGGCGUCGACGAAAGCUAUGUCAGGGACCGAGUCUCCCAGGAAGCGACCGCGGCGUGGGAAGAAGACGAGUUGUUCAAGCCGUUCUACCACGAGACAGGUUAUGUGAUUGCGGCGACGCAGGAGAAACAUGUUAAGGACCUGUACGAUGAGGAACAGCCCACGCCCGAGAAGGGUUUCGUUGAGCUGAAAUCAGCAGAAGAUUUUCGCAAGACGAUGCCAGAAGGCGUUCUGACGGGUGAUUUUCCAGGCUGGAAAGGCUGGUUCAAGAAAGAGGGCUGUGGCUGGGUGCAUGCGAGGAAGGCAUUGGAAGCGGCCGCAAGGGAAGCACAGCGGUUGGGCGUGAAGCUUGUUACGGGGAGCCCUCAAGGCGCGGUCACGUCUCUGAUCUUCGAAGAUGGAGAUGUGCGUGGAGUGAGGACUGUAGACGGUAUCGAACAUCGCGCAGACCGAACGAUUCUCUGCGCGGGCGCGAAUGCUCCCCAGCUGCUCGAUAUGAAAGACCAACUCCGCCCCACAGCGUGGACGCUCGCUCACAUCAAGAUGACUCCAGAGGAAGUAAAACUCUACAAGAACCUCCCCGUGCUCUUCAACGUCGAACGGGGCUUCUUCAUGGAACCAGAUGAAGAUGCCCAUGAACUGAAAAUCUGUGAUGAGCAUCCUGGGUACUGCAACUGGACGACCCCCGACCACAGCGUGUCCACGCCAUUCUCGAAACAUCAGAUCCCCUUACGGUCCGAGAAGGGAGUGAGGCUUUUCCUUCGCGAAACGAUGCCGCACCUCGCCUCCCGCCCCUUCAGCUUUGCCCGGAUCUGCUGGUGCGCCGACACGCCCAAUCGGGAUUUUCUGAUAUCGUCUCAUCCAGACUAUCCAAGUCUCAUAUUGGGUGUUGGAGGCAGUGGUCAUGGGUACAAACACAUUCCGGUCAUUGGACAGUAUAUUGUGGACUGUUUGGAGGGGAGAAUGGAUGAGAGGUUCAGGAAGGUUUGGAGGUGGAGGCCGGAGACAGCGGUGGGGAGGGAUGGGAGUGAUGUGCAGGGGCGGAUGGGUGGGAGUUAUAAGGUGUUGAAUUUGGCGGAGAUUGGGGAAGAGGAGUGGACGAAGAUACAGUAUGAUCAUGCGAAGUUGUAA